GCUCCACCCCAGCCCGCCAUGGCGUCAGCCGCCGCAACCCGGGGGAGGAGGUUCCCACUUUAAGAAGUGAAGUUUUCCUCCCCCUCCCCCUCCUACCCACCUCCUGCCGCCUCCCGCGCCCCACGGGGCCGCGGAUGGAGCUCCGCCGUGGCGGCGUGGGGAGCCAGGCUGCCGGCCGGAGGAUGGAUGGGGACUGCCGCGAUGGCGGCUGCGGCAGCAAGGACGCCGGGUCGGAGGACUAUGAGAACCUACCGACCAGUGCCUCGGUGUCCACCCACAUGACAGCGGGAGCGAUGGCCGGGAUUCUGGAGCACUCCAUCAUGUACCCCGUGGACUCCGUGAAGACACGGAUGCAGAGUUUGAACCCAGAUCCCAAAGCCCGGUAUACAAGCAUCUAUGGCGCCCUCAAGAGGAUCAUGCACACUGAAGGCUUCUGGAGGCCCCUGCGGGGCCUGAACGUGAUGAUGAUGGGUGCGGGGCCUGCGCACGCCAUGUAUUUUGCCUGCUAUGAAAACAUGAAAAGGACUUUAAAUGACGUUUUCAGCCACCAAGGAAACAGCCAUCUAGCUAAUGGGAUAGCUGGGAGUAUGGCCACCCUACUCCACGAUGCAGUAAUGAAUCCAGCAGAAGUGGUGAAACAGCGAUUGCAGAUGUACAACUCACAGCACCAGUCAGCCCUCAGUUGUAUCCGGACAGUGUGGAGGACCGAGGGGUUGGGGGCCUUCUACAGGAGUUAUACCACACAGCUGACCAUGAACAUCCCCUUCCAAUCUAUCCACUUCAUCACCUAUGAGUUUCUGCAGGAGCAAGUCAACCCUCGCCGGGACUAUAACCCACAGUCUCACAUCAUCUCAGGAGGCCUGGCCGGUGCGCUGGCUGCAGCUGCCACCACCCCGCUGGAUGUCUGCAAGACCCUCCUCAACACGCAGGAGAACAUGGCACUCUCCCUAGCUAAUGUCAGUGGCCGGCUGUCAGGCAUGGCCAAUGCCUUCCGGACGGUGUACCAGCUCAACGGCCUUGCUGGGUACUUCAAAGGCAUUCAGGCUCGAGUCAUCUACCAGAUGCCUUCCACCGCCAUCUCCUGGUCUGUUUAUGAGUUCUUCAAGUAUUUCCUUACGAAGCGGCAGCUGGAGAAUCGAACUCUGUACUAAAGGAACAGGGCAGUGGGAAGUGGUUCCGGCAUCUUUUGUUCCAGCUUCAUCCUCCUGUUCUUGCACCCAGGUCUUGUCCUGAAGGGUGCUUGCGCCGGGUCCUUCGUUCCCUGGUGCCUUAGAAAGGGAGGACCAGCCUCCGCUGACCAGCAUGCUGUCUGAGGGGACAUCCGAGGUGGUGGUAGGCAGGAGGAACUCAGGGAGAGGGAGAAGUUGCUUUUUCUCCUCCUUCCCCGAGAGGAAUGUAGCUUUUCUGCCUCACUGUGGCCUUCUCACUAGAUCUUUAGAUCGCACCGAAGAGGCAAACAGUGACACAGUAAAGAAAAAGUUUAUGUACAUAAAAGUACCAUUACCCAGUCUGAAAUAGGUGGAUAAUGUUUAUCCUUUAUUUUUCUACAUAGAGAUUUUUGAAAUUGUGUGUGCUUGUGUGUGUCCAUAAAUAGUAUUAGAGUUGGGAAUGAUGGGCCUGCUUUUUAAAAAAAGAAAAAAAUAAGAGAGUUGAAUUCUUCCAUCAUGAGAAGUAAAACAAACAACAACAACAACAAAAACCCCAAGGAAUAAAAGUAAUAAAUGGCUUUAUGUGGCCUGAAAUUGUGUGUAGUCCCCUCCUGUGGGAGUUUAACUUGAAUGUAAAAUAAUAAAUACAAAGUUUAUGUUUUGAAUUUCUCUUUUCAUGGGGAAAAAGGUACGUUGCAAACAAAUCAAAAUAGUCUUAUCACUUGGAGCUUUUUUUUUCUUUUUAAAUACAGUCACCCCGAGUGCCUUUCUGUCUUUUCUAAGACUUCCGGGACCAAAAAUAGGGUCCUAGAGCACCUUCCUCCCUCUGUGGACUCCCCCAUUCAGUUCUCAGCAGCCUGGUUGUCGCAGUAGAAUAAGAAUGGCUGGCCUUAACCUUCCAUGUGAGUGAUGUGAACGAAUGCCUACCUGGCCAGCUCUUAGCACUAGAGAUGCCACCGUCUGCCUAGCGAGUCCAUGAGACAGUUCCUGCCUUUGUCUUAGGACUAAUUUCUGCAGCAACCUCCUUCUUGGGCACUUCUGCUAACCUGGCCUAUAAAUCUUUUUAUUAGCCCCCUCUUGACCCAUUUCCCCUGCAGUCUAGGGAUUUUGAGUAUCUCUGUCUCCUGCCCUGUUCCAGCUCUGUGACUUUAGCAUCAUAGCCUCUUACUGCACUGAGGCUAGCCCUCCAGCCGAGACUGAAGCGCGCUCUGACCCUCCGCCCCUCAGCAGCCUGUCUCUUCUACAUCCUCUCUGCUUUGUUUUCUGAAGUACAGUCAGAUCAUCUCUGAGAAAACACAAGCCUGUGUUGUCCGGUCUCCCAUCUUCACAGAGAUGAGAGGAUUGUCUCAGUUUCCCUCUUCUGACUGUCUAUGAGGAAGCAGGGAACACAUGUGUGCUUUCUUUUCCCUGGCCCUGUUUUCAUUUGGAAGCCAUGGUUAGCAUGCUUCCUCACUGGAGGCUUAGACCUUGAAUUCCCAUGGAACGUCAUGCUGCCUGGGAAGAAACUCGGCUUGUACUUGGAGAAUUUUCACCUUUGGGACCAUGUACCAUCCAGUGCCCAUGGAUGCGGGUUUUUGGUUUUGUUCAGGCUGUGAGAAGUUAUACGCUGGUCAGCUGACUUUUCUUUUCUGAGAGAAUCACCUCUCUCAAAUGCUUUCCUGUGCUCCCUGAGGGCCUCCUGGCUGGUUGCAGGUUUCUGUUUUACUGGUGUUCUGGGCUGGCUGGUGUCCUGUUAUCACUUGAUAGAAAGAAUAGAAAAUGUUUCUACUCUUACCCUGCUAGCGUUGAGUAGUGUUAAAUCCUAUACAUGGAGAGGGGAAGUCAAAUUAUAGAGUCUAAAGUAAACUUUAAGUCAAACCCUAAACUGUCCCCACACCACCCUUUGAUACAUGGGUGGCUAAUCCUGCUGCAAAAACAAGACUUCCCUUUGGAUUUUCUUUACAGCUAUCUAACACUGGGCUAGUCCCUUUGCUUAGGGCCUUUUAAGGUAGGAUCAGGACUUCAGGACUCUGUGGGGUUGAAGUCCAGGGGUCCUGUUCUGUCUAUGCCCUCCCCAUGAUGAUUGGUGGGUCUGCAGGAGGACAGCUUUUUAACCUUUGCCUCCCAUCCAGUCACCCUAAGAUUGAGCAAGGGAUGUGUCUGCGGAAAAAGUUAAAAGUUGGGAAGCAAUCAACAAGAGUUCUGUGGUAGCCAGUCCCCCCACUCCUUAGUUCCACAGUUGGAAUUCUCCUUGACCCCAUCACAUUUUAGCCUGUGUGUUGAUUGUAAUUUUUGACAUUGUAAAUUUCUAGAUAGGAAAAUGCUUCCCCUGCCCAGUGACCAGAUUAGGAGAGCCAUAACCUGGGUACAAUGAUAAUACUUUGACCUGUGUGUGUGUAUAUAUAUAUGGUGUGUAUGUGUGUAUAUGUGUGUUCAGGUUAUGUGGCAGCCAACCAUAUUAAAUGAGUGUUAAUUUAUUAUAGACAAAUAUUGAUCUUUUUUAAAAUGGGAUGCUCUUAAUUCUUGAGUUUUUAAAGAAUUUGAUUAAAUAGAGCUACUUUUACAUGAGCUUGGUCCCCUCUGUCCCCUCUAUCUCAUGUCUUAGAACCAUCACCCUCCAAUGUCACCCCAGUGCUUUAUCUCCAACAUACUGCUAUGCCAUUAAGGUUUUAUUUAACUUUAUUUAUGGAUAUGUGUCUGUGAACAACAACUGUGCCACUGCUGGGUUGCACAGUGUGUGGGCUAAGAGUGGCCCAAUGUUGCUUUCUGAAUGUCUUAAAAUGCGGCUUUUGGGUCUGGGGAGCAGUGGUGUGUUCACGUGUGUGGGUGUCUGGUGUGCUGCUACAGUUGUAACACUGGAGCUGGAGAAAAUAAAGAAUCGAUCCUGAAA